UGAUGCUCAGACUGAAGCUCCAGACGCAGGUCCAGCUGCCGCGCGGUGCCGCUCUAGCAUCGCCGGUAUUGGCCAACACAGAGCCAAGCGGACACAGCAGCGGUGGAUGUGAGGGGAGCGUUCUAUGAGAAGGCAGUGGAAGCCUUCCUUCGCUCUGACAGACAGGCAUUGGAGGGGGUUGCACAAGGAUCCACCAGACACUGGCAGAACCAUGGCCACUGAAACCAUAUCUGCAUGCACUGGAUCAAGUCUACUGCAGCCCAUAAGCGAGAUUAUCGACCUUCCGUUAGACCAGGUGAACUUUGUGGUGUGUCAGCUGUUUGCGCUGCUCACGGCCUUCUGGUUCCGCCUGUACCUGCACCCCAGUAAGACCAGCCCCUUCAUCCGCCAUGUGGUGGCCACCUUGCUGGGACUCUACUUCGCUCUCUUCUGCUUCGGCUGGUAUGCCUUGCACUUCCUUGUUCAGAGUGGGAUCACCUAUGGCAUCAUGAUCCUCGCUGGAGUGGAGCACAUUCACAAGUACUGCCUGGUGGUUGCCCUGGGCUACCUCAGUUUCUGCCAGAUCACACGUGUCUAUGUCUUUGAUUAUGGGAUGUACUCAGCAGAUUUCACAGGGCCCAUGAUGGUCAUCACACAGAAGAUCACAAGUCUGGCAUUUGAGAUCCAUGAUGGGAUGGCACGCAAAGAGGAGCAGCUCACCCCGAAUCAGAAGGUGCUGGCUAUCAGGAGAAUGCCUAGCCUGCUGGAGUACUUCAGCUACAGCUGUAACUUCAUGGGGAUCCUGGCCGGGCCCACGUGCUCCUACAAUGACUACAUCGCCUUCAUCGAGGGCGCGCCGGGCCGACACCGCCCACUGGAGUCCGGCCGCCAGACCAACCACGAGAAGGGCAGGCCGACCGAGCCCUCGCCAAACAUGGUGGUGGCCCGUAAGCUGGCCACGAGCUGCAUCUCGCUGCUGGUGUUCCUGUCCGUGUGCAAAGUCUGCCCCGUGGAGCUCAACAUCGACGACCACUUUAUCGCCAGCUCGCCCUUCUACGUGCAGGUGGUCUACCUCUACCUGUCCAUGCUGACCACCCGGCCCAAGUACUACUUUGUGUGGACUCUGGCUGAUGCCAUCAACAACGCUGCCGGCUUUGGCUUCAACGGCUACAACAGUGACGGCUCGGCCCGCUGGGACCUCAUUUCCAACCUGAGGAUACUCAACAUCGAGCUUGCUACGAGUUUCAAAAUGUUCUUGGACAACUGGAACAUCCAGACGGCACACUGGCUCAAAAGGGUGUGUUACGAGCGCUGUCCCUACAAUCCCACUGCUGCCACUUUCCUGCUGUCGGCCAUGUGGCACGGAGCCUACCCAGGAUACUACCUCACCUUCCUCACCGGCAUUGUGGUCACACUCGCAGCCCGGGCAGUAAGGCAUAACAUACGGCCUCACUUCCUGGGUUCACCGUCACACAAGCUGGUGUAUGACAUCAUCACGUGGGCGGGGACUCAGAUUGCCAUCUGCUACACCGUGGUGCCCUUCGUUCUACUGUCAGUGGGGCCCUCCCUCAAGUUCUACAGGUCCUGGUACUUCUCUGUCCACAUUGCCUGUGUACUAAUAGCGCUGGCCCUGCCAGUAAAACCUCGACACCUGCGCAUGAAGGAGCAACAGCGUGCAGGUGAGCAGACGCCACCUCAGCAGUAUGGGAACAGCAACAGCAGCCAGGACCAUCAUCAAUACCACCACUACCACCACCACCACAAUAAUCACCAUCAGCAACACCAGCACCCCCCACAGGCCAUAAACAGCAACUGCGUCCAGAAAGACAAAACGUCAUGAGGAUGAUUUGGGGGAAACCUCGUAGACUAUUUCCCUCAUACGUCCCUUGUACUGUUCUCUCUGUGAAAGAGAGGUGGGGGGAUGGACAAAAGGAGUGUGUGUGUGAGAGACAGAGAGAGUGAGAGAGUGUGUGUGUGUGUGUGUGUGUGUGUGUGUGUGUGUGUGUGAGAGAGAGAGACUUUGGACCACUGGACUGAUGCACAAACUCACACACAGCAAAAUAAACACUUUGUUUUGACAAUACAACUUUUCUUUCCUACGUAAGGUCUUAAUGUGACUCUGUUUGCCUGGAAUAAACGUUCCGUUAAUUGUCCAGAUACAGUGGGGGAAAAAGCUUGGAUUAUUGUCAGUGCCAUACAAAUAUUGCCAGUGUACAGCAUUUCGCAAAGCUGCCUUGAGGUCCUUCAGAGGGCCAACACGUUUUUGGUCUUAGUCAGAAUGAUGUGGUGUGUGGACUGCCCAAUGGAAGCUUUCAUAGACUCAUAGAAAAGAGUAUGUUUGAGGAUAUGUGGUGUGUCAGAUUGGCUGCUUUGGGUUCUGAGGGGAGCAUAUGUAUCGCCCUUGAGGAAAUGAGUGAGAGAUUGUGUGUGUGUGUGUGUGUGUGUGUCUGUGUCUGUGUCUGUGUGAGUGUGUUUGUAAUGGGAAAGGGACAUUGAGAUGUAAAUGUUGGUGUCAUCCUGAUUUAGAGACCUGUAUAGGUGUGUACAGGUCUUCUCCACCUGGCUCUGCUGAGAUUAGUUGGGGUUGGUCUGAACUGCAACCAGACUGAGAUAAUCCUGGUGGACUGGACUGGUUAUGAAUUAGACCUCAGCUACAGUAGAUGUUGAUGGGAUCAGCAUUGUGUCUUUCUCUUUUCUUCUCCUCAGCCAAAAAUAUGUCAUUUUCACGUGAAUUUUAAAACGGGGUUCACAGCAACAAUGCUUCUCUCUGUACUGUAUGAUAUGGCCUGUUGCUGUCUUGUGUUGAAUUUUUCAUUACGUUCUCCACAAACUGUAUUCAUGAUUAACCGUUUGGGGUUGCUCACACACAGCAAUGUCUUUUGUAAAAGGCCUCAUCAGCGAAUUUCUACACAGUCACAGUGGCUUAUCACACUGAGUGGACCUUCUCCCUCCAUUCCACAUGGCAAACAGAGAGUACAGAAAUAUCGUUAAUGUAAUUCUACUGUAUGGUGGUUGUUGAGAAAAUUCAGAGAUGUCCAGGAAUUAUCUGUUAAGUGGGCCGAUUCCAGCCUGUGGUGUGGGAAGUCAGGACCAAGUCUGAUAGUGGUUUUGCACACAAAGAAGAGACCAUGGCGUUUCACUUCUAAUGCUCCUGUCCUGACUGUAAGCCACGUAAGACAUUUAAAGACAUGUUUCAAGUAUUGUGGGUCGAUGAAUUUUCAACUUUUAGCCAUUCUGGCAAAAUGUCCAUGUUGGGAAACCUGGAAAAUUUCUUGUUUUUUGUAUUAUAUGAUGUGAUUAAAAAUAAUUUUUGCAACAUGA